AUGUUUAAAAUAGUAUUUUUUUUAUUUGACGAACUUAAUCAAGAAUCAAUUAUUGAUGAUUAUGACGAUGAUGAAUUAAAUAUAGGUCGUUUGAAUUCGGAAUAUUUUCUUGGUGAUUUUAAAUCUUCAAAUGACCAACGUAAAUUGCAAACGAAACAAAAAUGGGUUGAUCAUAUGAUUGAAAGUGCAAAAUUAGAUGAAUAUGAACGUCAACAUGAAAAUAAACGUAAAUCAAAAGCUCAUGUUGACACAGCAAAUAAAGUCAACCCAUUUGAUCUUGAUGUCAAUCCUUGCAGACAUGGUGUACUGGACAAACGAUGUAGUUAUGCAAAAUGUGGUCAACCACUUAAAUCUCCAUCACGAUGCGUUGAAAAAAGAAAACGUACACUAUUAAAAGAAUUAAAUUCUCUGUUGAUACGCAAUACACUUAUUGAUAAUUGCCUCGAUGAAAAUGAUGCAACAUUGGCACGAUGA